GACGAGCCUCCGCGCCGCGGGGCCGGGAGGGGCUCACCCGCUGCAGGGACCCAGAGGAGUCCCCGGGCUCGUGCUGUGCUCGGCCAGGGCCGCCGGGCCCGCGCUCCCCUCACGUCUCUUCUCCCCCAGGUGAGACCCUUCUUUAAGUCCUUUGCAGCAGCUCCAUCCCCCGCUGAGCCGGGGGCCCCCAGCCCGCCCGGGCCCUCAUCCUACGCAGACUAUGUGGUCAAGCAGGCGGCUACGGCCGCGGCCCCCAGGGCUGCCCCAGCCACUGCCUUGGCAUCCAAGCAAGGGGCUGCCCCAGAGCCGCCCCCGCCCGGCAAGGAGGCCAAGGCCCCCUCGCCCGCUGCCACCCACAGCACGGAGGGGUCCGAGGGCGGGCCUGGGCCUGGGGAUGUGGCCCCAAGCCCCACGUUCAAGCCGGGAGUCAGAAGCAGCAGCAGCAUCAUCGUCAGGCCCUGCCAGCGGGGAAACCCUGUCCUGAAGUUCGUGCGCAACGUCCCCUGGGAGUUCGGCGACGUUGUCCCCGACUACGUGCUGGGCCAGAGCACGUGUGCGCUUUUCCUAAGCCUGCGGUACCACAACCUCAAACCGGACUACAUCCAUGAGCGGCUGCGGCGCCUGGGCCGGACCUUUGCCCUGCAAAUCCUGCUGCUCCAGGUUGAUGUGAAAGACCCGCAUAAAGCUCUAAAGGAGCUAGCCAAGAUCUGCAUCCUGGCAGACUGCACCCUCGUUCUGGCCUGGAGCCCUGAGGAGGCCGGGCGCUACCUGGAGACCUACAAGGCCUACGAGCAGAAGCCGCCUGACUUGCUGAUGGAGAAGGUAGACCAGGACUUCCUCUCCCAGAUGACGAACUGUUUCACCAGCGUCAAGUCGGUGAACAAGACGAACACAUUGAGCCUCCUCUCUGCCUUUGGGUCCCUGGCCAGCAUCACACAGGCGUCCCGGGAGGACCUGUCCCUGUGCCCGGGCAUUGGGCCUCAGAAGGCCAAGAGGCUCUUUGACGUCCUCCAUGAGCCCUUCCUGAAGGUGCCCCGGCGGGCAGAGCCCUCCCUGCCCAGGGGCCUGGACAAGGAGUGACACCAGCCUGCUUCCGGACCAGGCCCCAAACGCUGCCUACAGGCCUGGAGUCAACCUGCUGCGCAAUAAAGGUGGUUGGGCAGAGAUUGA